GCUUCAUUAUGCAGAAUUUUCGAAACUUAAACUAGUGAGAUAUAAAAUAAUUCACCCCCCUCAGAGUUGUCAUGGAAGCGAAAAUCAGCUUUUGAGAGUAGAGGCAUCGUUUGAACCAGGCUGUAAACAUGUUUAUUUCUACUGUGAAAUCGGACAUUUUAACAUGAGAGUCAAUCUAACUUGCUCCCUUCUGCAGCCUGCCUCGAGCGGCGAGUCGAGGAAUUGCAGUUUUUGGUACUUCCGCAUAGGCUUCACAGCUCCGGACCGGAGCUUGCCGCUUGGUCCUAGUGCCGUCCACUUCUCUUUUGGACGGUAAAAACUGCAGGGGACAAAAACGGCCUUUACUUUUGAAAAAGUGUCCCCCCCAAAAUAUUACGUCCGUGAUUCCAUUAUACUAUUCUAAACUAUAACGGUUAUUACCCGCUUAGUGAUCUUGUCGCUCCACAUCAGAAGAAAAAAGCGGAAGUCCUCUGAUGUCAUUUCCGAUGCGCGAAGCAGAAACUUUGGCGCCCCAGACUUUUAAACAUCCUCAAACACCUCUGGGAUAUACAGCGGGAAGAUGAUCAAUAAGAUGGCUCCAAUCCCGGUAACUUUCGCGGAAAGGUCGCGUUAACUGACUGUGUUAGGGUUGCCAGUAACCUCAUAGUUGUGGAGUUGCAGAGUCUUUCAAAGUCGAGCAAAAUAAGCGCUCUCCUGAUAGCUGUGUGGUAAGCUGCGCUGACCCCUCCGUUGACAACAAAGUCAAUCCGUAGCUAAAAAGAUAUCGCUAAUUAACAGCAUUUCACGUUAGCCCUGGCGGACAAUUUGUCUGUUGGGAAGAAGGAGCACACAUACCGGUUGUUUGAGGAGAGUCACAAUGAACAGGACCAAACUGAAGAAAAACAUGGCGCCUGGAGGACAGAAGAACAUUUCAUCCUUCUUUUCCUCUCAAAACCACCAGAAGGACUUGUCAUCUUCCACCAAAUCUUCCGUCCCUGGCACAACACUCACCAGGACUGGGCCUCAGAUCAAAGAUGGUGAAACCUCCACAUUCAGACCACAUUCCCCCUUAAAGAGGUGUAUCCUUGGGGACCUUGAAAACCUCCUGCCCUCCUCACCAGAUCUUCUGCUCACUGUGCCUGAGACCCCCAACAGUCAGAUCAGGCUUGCCUCCUCUUCGUCCUCCAGAGAUCCAUGUCCACUCAGCCCCAAGACCAGCAGAGAGGUGUCGAGCCUGGAGAUCCUCGGCCAAUUGUCUCCCAUCUGUCGUAGUCCACGUUCCAAAGGGCAGAAAGCACGUAGAAGUAUGGCUGAGGAGGGAGGGGAAACCCAAGGGCAAGAGGGAUGGUCUGGCUCCGUAAAAAGACUCAUCAGCCCUCCCCAAGAGUCCAACAACGUCAAGAGACCAAGAAAUGUCAAUCCACCGGCACAAAGAACUGCACUCAGCCCCACAGGUAGCGCCCUGAGAGUAACAAGGCCUGUGUUUAGCCUUUUGAAGACACCACAUUUCACCAGUGGCCAGUCAGAGGGUGAUAUCCGAGGUACUGAAGUGGUCUUGAAUGACAACAAGAACUCUUUUGGGGAACUGAGAAAAAAUCAGAAAGAUUGUGGUUUUACUGUGAUCACGGAGCAGAAAGCAGCUGAUUGGAAGGCCAGUGGAAACCCACACACUCGUCUGGAUGUGGACACAUACACUCUGACUGCUCACAUGCACAAACCUAGUGCACAAGCUGUCAAACCUGCAAUGCAGAGGGGUGUAAAGGAGAGAAAGGUCGACCUUAACAAGGUAGAAGCUACAAGAACAGCAAAAGCAUUUAAUGGAGACGGAGAAAAUGUGAAAUCAUCGGAUCAGAUGCAGACUGGAGGAAAGACGUCAGUGUCUCAUGUGGAAGAGGGGUUGGAUGCAAGCUGGUUUGCAGAGCUGAUGGACGAUAAUGAUGAAGGUUUUGUGAUAAAGGACGAACCAAAAAAACCCCGUAAGGUACCGGACCAUGUGAUCCUUUCUGGAGGCCUAAACAACCGUUACUGGGUUGUCGAUGUGGAGGAGAGGCCUGGCCACAAAACACUCACCAUCUCAUGCUCCAGAUCUCAACAUCCAACCGAGACGUGCCUACUGAAAGAUGGAUGGGAGAUGACGCCUGUCUGUCGUGGUGAUGUUGUUCAUCUAGAGGGUCACUCUAAUGGUGGAUCCUGGGUAGUGGACAGGGAGCAGGGCUUCUUGGUUUUACUACCUGAUAGCCUCAUCUCAGGUACCAGCAUCUCAAGCUCCAUCCGCUGCAUGAGACGUGCAGUUCUGGCAGAUAUGUUCAAGAGUUUUGACGGAGGAUCAAAGCAAAUGCUGAAUGGCACCAUGGUCCAUGAAGUCUUCCAGAGAGCAGCUACAGCUAAAGACUUUUCUUUGGAGACACUGAGUAAGCUGGCUGACCAAGCCCUCUGCAGUCCUCAGUACCUGGGAGACAUGUACAGUUUGGGUGUAACCCAGGAAGAGAUGAAGCAGGAACUGCAUGAUUAUCUGCCCUCACUGGAACAUUGGGCCAAAGAAUACCUGAGCUCCACAACACCAAAAGCCAUCAGCCUAAAAAGCUCCAGCAGCAGCAGAGCUCCGAGCAGGUGUCAGGACUCGGCAGCUGUUGUCACUGUAGCAGAGCUGGCAGACAUAGAAGAGAAUGUGUGGUCACCAAGAUUUGGUCUGAAAGGGAAAAUCGAUGUGACAGCGAGGGUUCAAAUCCAAAGACCACGAAGCGGUAGUUACAGAACCUCAGAGGACAGGACCGUCCCCCUGGAGCUGAAAACUGGAAAGGAAUCAAACUCAAUAGAGCAUCGCAGUCAGGUGAUUCUUUACACUCUGAUGAGUUUGGAGCGAUUCAAUUCUGAUGCUGGCUUCCUGCUUUACCUCAAGACUGGCAACCUGCACCCUGUAGUGGCCAGCCACAUGGACCGCAGAGAGCUGCUGAAGCUGAGGAACACGUUGGUUCAUCACAUUCACAACUGCGUUGAGACGGAGGCGAAGAGGAGCCGCCUGUCCAGACUUCCUGAGAUCCUGACAGACAGACAAACCUGCCGUUACUGUCCUCAGCAGAGAAACUGUGCUUUAUAUGAGAGAUCGAUCGGUGGCAGCUCUGCAGACGACUGUGAGGAUGUUGUGCGUGACUUCCUACAGCAGGAAACGGGUCACCUUCUCCCACCACAUCUUAGCUACUUUUCCCACUGGCUGCUGCUCUGCUGCCUUGAGGCUUCCAGCAUGGAGGCCAAAAAUAGCAGAAAGCGUGUGUGGCUUCAGACAGCUGAGGAGAGUGAGAAGAAUGGGAGCUGUGUGGGGAAUGUGCAGCUCAGUGGCCCAGUGACCGUGAAGUCUGAAGGGGUUUUCUUCCAUCGUUUCCAGCGAAGCAGUGUGGUGCCACAGAAGAGUUUGGCCAGCAGCGGUUUGGCCAGCAGCGGUUUGGCCAGCAGCGGUAUUGCCAGCGGGGAUCGCAUUGUUGUUAGCGAUCUGGAAGGUCGUCUUGUUGGUUUGGCAACAGGAUACCUGUGUGAGGUCAGCAGGACAUCAAUCAGCUGCACUCUGGACAGAGACCUGUCUAAGUUCAGUGGUGUGUUGUUUCGAUUGGAUGGGGAUGAAGGUGUGGUGGGCCUCAGCACUCACCUCACAAAUCUCUCCAGACUGAUGGAAAACUGUCAGGACAGUGAUCGUCUGAGGGAGCUGGUUGUUGACCUCCGUCUUCCAGAGUUUAUUUCCAACCUAAGCUCUGUUCUGCCUCGAGAGGCCAAGGACACUGUGGCCAACAUCCUCAAAGGUCUCAACAAACCCCAGAAGCAGGCCAUGAAGAAAGUGUUGUUAUCUAAAGACUACACGCUUAUUGUUGGCAUGCCGGGCACCGGGAAAACCACAACAAUCUGCACUCUGGUUCGCAUCCUUCAUGCAUGUGGGUUCAGUGUGCUGCUGACCAGCUACACCCACUCUGCUGUCGACAACAUCCUGCUGAAGCUAAAGCGCUUCCGGGUUGGGUUUCUGCGUCUUGGGCAGGGGCAGAAGGUUCAUCCAGACAUCCUGCCUUACACAGAGGAAAGUGCGAGGAAGAAGGGAGUUCACACUCUGCCAGAGUUGGAGCAGCUUUAUAGCAAGGAGCUGGUAGUGGCAACCACCUGUAUGGGCAUCAAGCAUCCCAUUUUCACACGCCGCCGGUUUGAUUUCUGCAUCGUGGACGAAGCUUCACAGAUCAGCCAGCCUAUCUGUCUGGGACCUCUGUUCUAUGCCAAGAGAUUUGUUCUGGUCGGAGAUCACCAACAGCUACCACCUAUCGUACAAAAUCAAGAGGCGAGGUCACGCGGGAUGGACGAAAGUCUAUUUAAGCGAUUGGAGCUCCACAGUGAAGCAGUGGUGCAGCUCAACGUACAGUACCGGAUGAAUAGGCAGAUAAUGUCUCUCAGUAACUCGCUGAUGUAUGAGGGCCGGCUGGAGUGUGGAUCGGAGAAGACAGCCACUGCCCUGAUCACCCUACCCUUCCUGCAGUCUGUGCAGUCGGAGCUUAGUGCCUACUCUGAGACUCAAGCGCAGCAUGACCUGGCUUGGAUACAGACGACAUUGUUGCCCAGCAACCCUGUUUCCUUCCUAGAUUGCUCUAUGGUGCCAGCACUGGAGUCUGUGGAGCAGGGAGGUGUAAGCAAUCACACCGAGGCUGCUCUCAUACACAAGCUGCUCUCACUGCUGAUAAAGGCAGGGUGUAAGCCCAGUGACAUUGGUGUUAUCGCCCCCUACAGACAGCAGUUAAAGAGCAUCUCUGCUCUGCUGCAGUCUUCUGCUUUCACCGGUGUGGAAGUGAACACAGUGGACAAAUACCAGGGAAGGGACAAAAGUCUGAUUGUUUUUUCUUUUGUCCGGAGCACUGCAGAGGAAGGAAACUUAGGAGAGUUGUUGAAGGACUGGCGUCGCCUGAAUGUAGCCAUCACCAGGGCGAAACACAAGCUGCUGAUGGUGGGCUCAAUCACAACGCUACGACGCUACGCACCUGUGGAGAAACUACUCAACCAUCUCCAGCAAGAGAACAUGAUCAUCCAACUCCCACCAGCUGCUCACAUGGCCUUACCGAGCAUGUCACUGUGAUAGAUGUCUAUGGAGCCAUGGUGGUGUUUCUGGUCAUCUGCCUGUCUCACACUGGAGCUGCUGUGGAUCACCUCAACAAGGCAGAUGGGGCUGUGAUCAGUUGACAACAAUUCAAAACCUAGUCAUAGCUCACCUGUCCAUCUGUGAAAAAUAAGUAUUACUACUAAAAAUAUCUCAGAGGCUGCUAACUGUCACCUUUUGACAGAAUGUACACAUGUGUACCUUUUGAUUUUUCCCCCCUAUAAAUAAUUUGAUGGUGUGUAACACUAAUCGAUACAUACGCACUAGGACAGACACCCGAACCUGUAGGUUAUGGAGGGGACAAUGUCUCUCAUCUGCACUAGUUAAACAUUCUAAGUUUUAUAUGUGAUUUUAAUUAAGAGCCUUAAUUUCAGAUUGCUUUGUUGUGUAACAUUGAAAUACUGAAACACAUGCACCAUCCAACAUCUUUCCCAUCUGCACUGUUUUUUUGCUAAUCAAUAAAUGGGUAGUUUAGGCUUCAGGAAUCCAGACUGGAAAGGCACAACCUCAUGAACUUAAUUAAUGCACUCCGGUUUUAAGUAUCUGUAGUUAAUGUCUGCUGUGAAACAAAGUACUGGAUACUAUAUCAUUAACAGUUUCUCACAAACGUGUACUGCAUCCGUAAAAUGGCCUUACAGUUGUGUUAACUGACAUUGCGGGAUUAUGGUACUAUGCAUCAAACCUUAACGAGAAAUACUUCAUACACUGAUGUUUUUCAUCAAAUACCUCUUCAUACACUGUGACAAUAUGUAGGACCAUUGGUACUUUAUCUCAGUAUUUAAAACCUCAACACAGAAAGUCAUUAUUUAUGUGAAUAUGGAGACCAAACAAGUUAUUUAUAGUUCAUGUCACUCUGCUCGCUGCAACAGUCAGAUAAGCUCAGAAAUUUCUAUCAGUUAACUGAAACACAUUGAAGAAUGAAAAACCUUUCAGACUGAGAAGUACAGUUCAGUUUUCAUCUGAGAAAGGACAAUUACAAAGAAAUUGAAAGGAACUUUUAUACAAGUAAUUACCUUCUAAUUAUUCAUAAGUUUACUAUAAUAAGAAAAAACUAGUUAAUUCCUUCAUGUACAGCAGAAUUCUAGCAGACCUGAAGCUGUACAUAGACAAAUGAUUUACAAAAGAAACUGGCUUAAUAUUUACCAGUUAAAACUCCAGGAAUUGGUAGGAAAACACAAUUUAGAAAGAAAUAUAUUCUGCUCAAAUUUAAUUUCAAUUCCAAUGGAAUGUAACAGUUUAACUGAUUAUUAAUUUUUCAUUACUGUCAUUACAGUGUUUCUCAUAAUGUACUGGCAACCAAGCUAACAAUGAUUUGUUUGAUUUCCGAUUAUCCUUUUACAUGUCUUGUUUCUGUAUUUUGUUAUUGUAACUUUAAUAUUGUAAUUUUUUGUAAAUAAAUAAUACAAAUAAAAUCAAAGAAUGUUUCUUCCAUCUUGUAGUGUAUGUAGGCAUGCUUAGAGCCUGGACAAUUAUGUGUUUUUCUUUUUAUUUAAACAAUUUUUUUUCAUAAGAUCGUACACAGCCUGUGUCUGCUUCUCUGUGCGGGUACAUAAAG